ACCGUCUGGCUCGCUGUAGUAUUGAUGUGGCCAAGUCAGUCAGGUUCCACGUCACUCGAAAGAAUCUCUCCAGACGCGGAUGUGCAUACAGAAGAAGAGAGAGUCCUAAGACCUGUUUAAAAGGUAAACUCGUAGGCAAUCUCUGACUGGAGUCUCGUGAAGAGAAAAAGAGCUGACAUCAUGACAGCUGCGGAGAAUGUGUGUUACACUCUCAUGAAUGUCACCAAUGACUCUGAACCACCAUCAGAAGUCAGCUUGAAAGCUGAUUUAGAAAAGGGGGAAAUCAAAGCCAAGACAGAGGCUUUGAAAAAGGUCAUCAUCAUGAUCCUGAAUGGAGAGAAACUUCCGGGCCUGUUAAUGACCAUUAUUCGGUUUGUGCUGCCUCUUCAGGACCACACAAUUAAAAAACUAUUACUAGUUUUUUGGGAGAUUGUUCCCAAAACUACUCCUGAUGGCAAACUUCUUCAGGAGAUGAUUUUGGUCUGUGAUGCCUACAGGAAGGAUCUCCAGCAUCCCAACGAGUUCAUCCGUGGCUCCACCCUGCGCUUCCUGUGCAAGCUGAAGGAAUCUGAGCUGCUGGAGCCCCUCAUGCCAGCAAUCCGUGCCUGUCUGGAGCAUCGUCAUAGCUAUGUACGCCGCAAUGCAGUCCUGGCCAUCUACACUAUCUACAGGAACUUUGAGCACCUGAUCCCAGAUGCUCCUGAGUUGAUUCAUGAUUUUCUUGUAAAUGAGAAAGACGCAAGCUGCAAGAGAAAUGCUUUUAUGAUGCUGAUCCAUGCAGAUCAGGAUCGAGCUUUGGACUACCUUAGCACCUGUAUUGAUCAGGUGCAUACUUUUGGAGACAUUCUACAGCUCGUCAUCGUGGAGCUGAUUUAUAAGGUCUGUCAUGCCAACCCUUCGGAGAGAGCUCGUUUCAUCCGUUGUAUCUACAACCUGCUGCAGUCGUCCAGUCCUGCUGUAAAAUAUGAAGCUGCUGGAACUCUGGUUACUCUGUCCAGCGCCCCCACCGCCAUCAAGGCUGCUGCUCAGUGCUACAUUGAUCUGAUCAUUAAAGAGAGUGACAACAACGUCAAGCUCAUUGUUCUGGACAGACUGAUCGAGCUGAAGGAGCACCCCACACAUGAGCGUGUGCUGCAGGACCUUGUGAUGGAUAUUCUGAGGGUUUUGACCACUCCUGAUCUUGAGGUCCGCAAGAAGACCCUACAGCUGGCCUUGGACCUGGUGUCAUCCCGCAAUGUGGAGGAGCUGGUAAUAGUGUUAAAGAAAGAAGUCAUCAAAACCAACAAUGUGACUGAGCACGAGGACACAGACAAGUACAGGCAGCUGCUUGUUCGCACCCUCCACUCCUGUAGCGUGCGCUUCCCUGACAUGGCGGCCAAUGUCAUCCCCGUGCUGAUGGAGUUCCUGAGCGACACUAACGAAGCGGCCGCGGCCGAUGUGCUGGAGUUUGUGCGUGAGGCAAUUCAGAGGUUUGACAACCUUAGACCUCUCAUCAUUGAGAAGAUGCUAGAGGUGUUUCACGCAAUCAAGACGGUCAAGAUUUACAGAGGAGCUCUGUGGAUUUUGGGUGAAUAUUGUAGCACUAAAGAGGACAUCCAGAGUGUCAUGACAGAAGUCCGCAGAUCUUUAGGAGAGAUCCCAAUUGUGGAAAACGAGUUGAAAAAGGAGUCUGGAGACGUGAAACCUGAGGAGGAGGUGUCUGCAGCUCCAGCUCCUAAGCUGGUGACAGAAAUGGGCACUUACGUCACACAAAGUGCCCUGAGCUCCUCCAGACCAUCCAAAAAAGAGGAGGACAGGCCUCCUCUGAGGGGUUUCCUGAUGGAUGGAGACUUUUACGUUGCUGCCUCAUUGGCCACAACCCUCACCAAAGUGGCCUUGCGCUAUGUUGCCCUUGCUGAGGACAAAAAAAGGCAAAAUUCGUUCGUGGCGGAGGCUAUGCUGAUCAUGGCCACUGUGCUCCAUCUGGGCAAGUCGUCUCUCCCCAAGAAGCCCAUCACCGAUGAUGAUGUGGACCGGAUCUCACUGUGCCUCAAGGUCCUGUCCGAGUGUUCGCCCCUCAUGAAUGACAUCUUUAACAAGGAAUGCCGCAGAUCUCUGUCCCAUAUGCUCGCUGUCAGACUGGAGGAGGAGAAACUGUCUCAGAAGAAAGAGUCUGAGAAGCGCAAUGUAACGGUUCAGGCGGAUGAUCCGAUCUCCUUCAUGCAGCUGACCGCUAAGAAUGAGAUGACGUCCAAAGAGGAUCAGUUUCAGCUCAGUCUGCUGGCUGCUAUGGGCAAUACUCAGAGGAAAGAAGCAGCAGACCCUCUGGCCUCCAAACUCAAUAAGGUCACCCAAUUGACUGGUUUCUCAGAUCCAGUGUACGCAGAAGCUUAUGUCCAUGUCAAUCAGUAUGACAUCGUCCUGGAUGUCCUGGUCGUUAAUCAGACUAGCGACACCCUUCAGAACUGCACCCUGGAGCUGGCAACACUAGGUGACCUUAAAUUGGUUGAGAAGCCAUCUCCUCUUACAUUGGCUCCUCACGACUUUGCCAACAUCAAAGCCAACGUGAAGGUGGCCUCCACAGAGAAUGGCAUCAUAUUCGGAAACAUAGUAUACGAUGUAUCAGGGGCAGCCAGUGACAGGAACUGCGUAGUCCUCAGCGACAUUCACAUUGAUAUCAUGGACUACAUUCAGCCGGCUUCCUGCACAGAUGCUGAGUUCAGACAGAUGUGGGCUGAAUUUGAGUGGGAAAAUAAGGUGACCGUCAACACCAACAUCACAGAUCUGUCCGAAUAUCUCCAACACAUUCUUAACUCUACCAACAUGAAGUGCUUGACCCCAGAGAAGGCGCUGUCCGGCAUCUGUGGCUUUAUGGCAGCAAAUCUCUAUGCCCGCUCUAUAUUUGGGGAGGAUGCCCUUGCAAACGUCAGCAUCGAAAAGCCAAUUCACAUGGGUCCGGAUGCCCCAGUCAAUGGCCAUAUUCGCAUCCGAGCAAAAAGCCAGGGUAUGGCUUUGAGUCUGGGUGACAAAAUCAACCUCUCUCAGAAGAAGUCAUUCUCAUAAAUUUCAGAAACUGAGGCCAUUGAAGUAAAGGGCGAGAUUCAACUCAAAAGCGCUAUGGUUAUUCCUAUGUCUUGUCUUUUUUUUCCCUCUAUCGCUUGUCUCUCCAGACUGCCGUAGACACACAAUGCUCUGUGACCAAGAUCUGCUCUCUUCAAUCCCUCAAACUAUGUCUGAAGGGGAUCAUUGGGACAUUUUCUACCAACAUGAUUCUUCUUAACUGCUCUAAAAGGGAUUGACCCUGUUAAUCAGUAAUCUGUUUCAAUAAACAUUGCACACCAUAUACCAA